GAGGAGGAGGAGGAGGAGGAGGCCGCGGAGGAGGAGGAGGCCGAGGCGGAGGAGGAGGAGGAGGAGGCCGGGCUCGGGAGGCAGCAUGAGCCGAGCGCGGCGGCCGCGGCUCCUCUCGGCUGCGCUCGUUGCCCAUUGACAGCGGCGUCUGCAGCUCGCUUCAAGAUGGCCGCUUGGCUCACAUUCAUUUUCUGCUGAACGACUUUUAACUUUCAUUGUCUUUUCCGCCCGCUUCGAUCGCCUCUCGCCGGCUGCUUUUUCCGGGAUACUUUAUCAAGCAGAAAUGCAUCGAACGACUAGAAUCAAGAUCACUGAGCUAAAUCCCCACCUAAUGUGUGUGCUUUGUGGAGGGUACUUCAUUGAUGCCACAACCAUAAUAGAAUGUCUACAUUCCUUCUGUAAAACAUGUAUUGUGCGUUACUUGGAGACCAGCAAAUAUUGUCCUAUCUGUGAUGUCCAAGUUCACAAAACCAGACCACUACUGAAUAUAAGGUCAGAUAAAACUCUCCAAGAUAUUGUAUACAAAUUAGUUCCAGGGCUUUUCAAAAAUGAAAUGAAGAGAAGAAGGGAUUUUUAUGCAGCUCAUCCUUCAGCUGAUGCUGCCAAUGGCUCUAAUGAAGAUAGAGGAGAAGUUGCAGAUGAAGAUAAGAGAAUUAUAACUGAUGAUGAGAUAAUAAGCUUAUCCAUUGAAUUCUUUGACCAGAACAGAUUGGAUCGGAAAGUAAACAAAGACAAGGAGAAACCUAAGGAGGAGGUGAAUGAUAAAAGAUAUUUACGUUGCCCAGCAGCAAUGACUGUGAUGCACCUAAGAAAGUUUCUCAGAAGUAAAAUGGACAUACCUAAUACUUUCCAGAUUGAUGUCAUGUAUGAAGAGGAACCUUUAAAGGAUUACUACACACUAAUGGAUAUUGCCUACAUUUAUACCUGGAGAAGGAAUGGUCCACUUCCUUUGAAAUACAGAGUUCGACCUACUUGUAAAAGAAUGAAGAUGAGUCACCAGAGAGAUGGACUGACAAAUGCUGGAGAACUGGAAAGUGACUCUGGGAGUGACAAGGCCAAUAGCCCCGCAGGAGGUGCUCCCUCCACCUCUUCCUGUCUGCCUAGCCCCAGCACUCCCGUUCAGUCUCCUCAUCCUCAGUUCCCUCACAUCUCCAGCACUAUGAAUGGAACCAGCAGCAGCCCCAGCGGUAACCACCAACCUUCCUUUGCCAAUAGACCUCGAAAAUCGUCAGUAAAUGGGUCAUCAGCAACUUCAUCUGGUUGAUACCUGAGACUCUUAAGGAAAAAAAAUUUUAAAUCCCCGAUUUAUAUAGAUAUCUUCAUGCCAUUACAGCUUUAGAGAUGCUAAUACAUGUGACUGUCGUCCAAUUUGCUUUCUUUUGUAGUGACAUUAAAUUUGGCUAUAAAAGAUGGACUAGAUGUGAUAUUCAUAUGGACGUUAAUGGAAAAGAUUGUUCCUCUAAAGAAUUGGUUUCUGAGAAAGCAGGCAAGAUGUUUUUCUGUGUGUUAGGCAAGAUGUGAAAUGGUUUCUGUAACCAUUGUUCAGAUUUGAAAAAUUCUGCAGUGGAUAUAAAACAUUGGGCCAUAGUUUGUUAAUCUCAACUAACGCCUACAUUACAUUCUCCUUGAUUGUUCUUGUUAUUAUGCUGUUUUGUGAACCUGUAGAAAACAAGUGCUUUUUAUCUUGAAAUUCAACAAACAGAAAGAAUAUGCAUAGAAUAAUGCAUUCUAUGUAGCCAUGUCACUGUGAAUAACGACUUACUGCAUAUUUAGCCAUUUUGAUUCCUGUUUGAUUUUUACUUCUCUGUUGCUACACAAAACCGAUCAAAGGAUAGUAAACUUCAGUUUUACAAUCUGUAUGCCUAAAAGCGGGUACUACCGUUUAUUUUACUGACUUGUUUAAAUGAUUCACUUUUGUAAGAAUCAGAUGGCAUUAUGCUUGUUGUACAAUGCCAUAUUGGUAUAUGACAUAACAGGAAACAGUAUUGUAUGAUAUAUUUAUAAAUACUCUAAAGAAAAUAUUGUGUUUCAUGCAUUCAGAAAUGGUUGUUAAAAUUCUCCCAACUGGUUCGACCUUUGCAGAUACCCUAUGUUUGAGCCUUAUCAGCAUAGAACAUUUUUAAUGUGGAUCUCUAAUUCUAAAUUCUAUUCCAUUGGAAGCAAUUGGCAAAUCAUAAUACUGAUUUUCUCUAGUAAUUCAUGUUUACUUUGAAAAUUAAUUGUUGCAGUAAAGAAAAACUUUAAAGACUUUGGAAACAGUGUCUUCAUUUCCUAUUGCUUUUGAUGGAAUGAAUGUGUUUUUAAAGUGCAUAUUGAUCACUAUAAUUCUGAAACAAAUUUUUAAGUAAACCAGCAAAUUGCUGGAAGAAGGCAUUUUAUCUAAAAUUAUUUUAACGUGGUUUAGCAGUUACUUCAAAUUUAAGGAGUUGGUUUUACAGUUAUAAACAAUGACAUAUGCCCUCUCUCUAAAAUCUUGAAAUAGAAGCAAUUUAUUUUUAGCUUCUCCAGAUAAUUAAUUUUUAAAUAGAGUGAACAUGUUGAAUUUAAAAUAUGAAUAACCACAAUCGUUUUCAGUUUGUGUUUUGCUUUGGUCGAACUUGGUGUGUGUUCAUCACCCAUCAGUUAUUUGUGAGGGUGUUUAUUCUAUAUGAAUAUCGUUUCAUGUUUGUAUGGGAAAAUUGUAGCUAAACAUUUCAUUGUCCCCAGUCUGCAAAAGAAGCACAAUUCUAUUGCUUUGUCUUGCUUAUAGUCAUUAAAUCAUUACUUUUACAUAUAUUGCUGUUAUUUCUGCUUUCUUUAAAGAUACAGUAAAUGAAGUUUUAUGAAACCACAAAAUACAUAUAUUUUUAUUUUGACCUAAAUUUGUACAGUACCAUUGUAAGUGUUUCUAAUUAUAGAUGUAAAAUUAAAUCUCAUUUGUAAUUGGGAAAAUCCAAUAAAAAGGAUAUUCAUUUAGAAAAUAGCUAAGACUUUAAUAAAAAUUUGAUAUGAAAAGCACAAUGUGCAGAAGUUUUGGAAACCCUACUGUGGAUUACAACAGGUAAACUAAAGAGAAUCCAUUGCUGUCUUAAAUAGUGAUGUUGCUAAGAAGUCCGUGCUUUGUUGUAUAAUUGCUUGAAAGCCCAACUGAAAGAUGUAUCUGUUUAUUUACUCUACAAUCUUUGAAGUAAAAGUUACCCAUGUUUGCCAA